ACAUAUAGGUACAUGAAAUCCACAGUACUUAGUAGAAAUACGUUGUGCCUGUGAAUUCGCAGUUUGUCAAUAAAGUUGAUUCAAAGUGUCGCUGCUGCAGCGAUGGCGGCUCCCAUGUCCUGGAGGAGGCUGCUCUACUCCAAGUACUCACCGGUCAUCGCUGGCGUUUUCACACGAAUAUCGGAUCAGCUCUUCCGAGCUCGGGACAGAAGACGAGGCUCCGUGCUGCUGCUGGCUCCUCUGCUGGCCCAGGCCGACCCGGCCCCCCGACGCGCCUCCAGCCCCACGGGCCCAGCCGGCGCCCAGCGCACCCACGGCCUCUGCAGCCACUUCCGAUGGAUAGCCGAGCACGUCCCCGCCUUCCGGGUCCCAGGCACCCACGUUCACGUCCUCAGCUCACCUGAGCAGUUCUACCAGGCCAUGAAGACACGCAUCAACACUGCAGAGAGGCGUGUCGUGAUGGCCUCGCUGUACCUGGGAACCGGCCGUCUGGAGCAGGAGCUGGUGGACUGUAUGAAGGAAGCGCUUGAACGCUGCCAGGACUCCGGGACUGGACCCGGGCUCAGAGUGUCCGUGUUGCUGGACUACACGCGAGGAUCUCGAGGACAGACCAACUCCAGGACCAUGCUCCUGCCGCUGCUGCAGCGCUUCUCGUCGCGGAUGCGGGUUUCCCUGUACCACACUCCGGACCUGAGGGGGCUGCUGCGGCUUCUGGUUCCUCAGCGCUUCAACGAGACCAUCGGAGUCCAGCACAUCAAAGUCUACCUGUUUGACGACAGCGUGAUCAUCAGCGGGGCCAACCUCAGCGACUCGUACUUCACCAACAGACAGGACCGCUACGUGCUGCUGGAGAACUGCAGGGAGGUUGCAGACUUCUUCUCCGACCUGGUGGAGGCCGUCGGAGACGUUUCCCUGCAGCUUCAGCCCGACGACUCGGUGACGAUGCUGGAGGGCGCGGUGCACCCGUACAAAGGCAACAGAGACGAGUUCUCGGCGGCGGCGAGGCAGCGGAUCCUGGAGGUGGUGAACGGCGCCCGCGUGCGGCAGCAGCUGCUGAGCCGAGCGGAGGAGGACGAGGGGCUGAGCGAGGGCGAGGGCGAGGACGACACCUGGGUGUUCCCUCUGGUCCAAAUGAAGCCUCUAGGAAUCCAGGUGGACGAGCAGGUGACGCAGCGCCUGCUCCGAGACGCCGCCGCCGACUCCACCGUCUUCCUCACCUCGGGUUACUUCAACCUGACCCGGACCUACAUGCGCCUCCUUCUGGGUGCCGGCGCCGGCUACCGCAUCCUCACCGCUUCGCCCGAGGUCAACGGCUUCUUCGGAGCCAAGGGCGUCGCCGGAGCCAUCCCCGCCGCCUACAUCCACAUCGCCCGGCAGUUCUACGACCAGGUGUGCCGGCUGGGCCAGCAGGGCCGCGUGCGCCUGCACGAGUACCACCGGGCCCAGUGGACCUUCCACGCCAAAGGUCUGUGGUAUUACCUCCAGGGGCAGGACCGGCCUUGCCUCACUCUAAUUGGCUCCCCUAAUUUUGGUUACCGCUCAGUUCACCGCGACCUGGAGGCACAAAUCGCCAUAGUAACGGAAAAUGAGGAGCUGCAGAGCCAGCUGCAGGAGGAGCAGGAGAUGUUGUACCAGCGCUCCACCGAGGUGUCCGGCUCCACAUUCCAGCAGCCUGACCGCCACGUCAAGCUGUGGGUGAAGCUCGUCACUCCCCUCAUCAAGAAUUUCUUCUGAGAAGCCACGAGGGUUCUGGAGGUUCUGCUGGCUCUGGAUCGUCGGACCCUCCCAUGCAUCUGAGCUUGACAGGCUCACAGGAGCCGCUAUGUGGUGAAUGAAAGAGGUAAAUCCUCCUCUUUAUUUCAGCUCCAGACCUUUUGUUGGGUCGUUUAUGUAUGUCAUCUCACUGGACUUCUGCAGACUUUCCACAUAAAGUGUUGCGUGUAUAAAAGCAAUAGAGACAUAAUGAAGGCUGUGAUGGGAUCCAGACGGCUGAAGCUGCCUAACACUAGAGCUCUUGUGUGUUACAGCCGUAAUCAGCGUUAACUGUACAGUAAAUGUUAUGAAAUGGAAAAUUAAAGGACGACAACUUUUUAAAUGCU